CUGGGUGACAUGGAGAAGAGACAGUCUCACCAACCCCAAGCGUCCAAAAAUCCCACGUCAUCUCGAGACUGGCAUAAAAAGAAUGAAUGACUUUUUUAAAAGUAAUCCAUGCGGGUCCUUUUUCUAGCCGGUAGCUGCACUCGCAUCACGGCCUCGAGUUUUUCUCACCGAGGGCGAGGGCUAGACACUUUGAGGGUGUUUUUCGGUUUGUUUGUUUUUUUUUUUCAUGGAAGCUGAGCUAACCCCCACAUGCCAGUAGCUGGGGCAUGAAGCAAAACAGCCAGAUUCCUGCCCGGCUGCUGGCAGAAGACAUGGUCGUGGUCAGGCAGCGGGAAAGCUGUGACCGCUGCCUAGCCCACUGUUCAUAACUAUCUCAUUGGUACCUUGUGCUUCCCCUGUUGCCCCUUGCCCUGGAUUUAGGAACCAUGAGCAAGCUUUGGAGGUGAGGAGAUCGGAGGCUGGAAUCUCUGCAGCUCUCUGGACUCUGCUACCUCCAGCUCAGACACAGUUACAUCGAAAGAGAGAGCCCGGCACAUGCACCAGUGUCCAUAGCUCGUGUGCCUUGCAGAGAGAGGACGGACACGGAGAUCGUUCUGCGGGGAAACUCCAAAUGGAAGAGCGUUUUAAUGGCAAUGAAAACGCAGAGGGAGGAGGAGAGAAUUCUAUUCAGCAGCACCAGCAGCUGAUGGAGCCUCUUAAUUGUCAUGGACACCUGGACGGAGGAGACAAACCAGGAUAUUCAUGUAACUGCAAGUUCAAGAAACGUGCUCUCGUAGUUGGAGUCCUCUUAGUUUUGAUCAUUAUCAUCAUUGCUCUGGCUGUGGUAGUGUCUAACCCACCGUCCGCUGGUCCUGAUCCUCCGGCUGCUGCUCGCUGCUGCCUGGACGGCUGGGUCGGGUUCGGAGGGAAAUGCUAUUAUUUCUCUGAGGCCGAAGAGAACUGGAAUAACAGCCAGAGCAACUGCUCCUCCUUCGGUGCCUCCUUGGCUGCGAUUGACACCCAGCAGGACAUGGCUUUCAUUAAGCGCCAUAAAGACCUCUCUGAGCACUGGAUCGGCCUCCGGAGGGAACCGGGUCAGCCCUGGAAAUGGACCAACGGCACCGAAUUCAAUCACUGGUUCGCAGUCAGAGCGCACGGUGAGUGUGCGUAUCUGAAUGACGAAGCCGUCACCUCUUCCUGGUGCGACACGGUGCGAUACUGGAUCUGCAGCAAGCCUGUGGGACUUAUGCCGAGAGAGCAGAACGGAGCGCGAGGGCAAUCGGAGACGUCAGAGCUCAGCUGAAGUGCUACUGUAUACACAGGGACACCCGCACACCCGCCCCGACUUUUCUACUCAACCUAAUUGUAUCAAUUUAGAUCGAACUCGAUACAUUUUUUUAAAAUGCACCUUAUGUUUUUAAGGCAGCAGAGGGGUGGGGGCGCUAACGACCUGCUGUAUCUUGUUUCUAUGCAAGUGAAGGUGGGCCAGAGCCUCUCGGCAUCUGCUUGUUCCUCAGUGAUACCAAGAUUUUGGCAAAUUCUGAAGCACCAGGCAGACUCUCAACUCCAUAUCCUUGCCGUCUGUCAGAGGGAAAACAGUUGCAUUGGGGAUUCUCUGUACCUAGGUCCAGCUCAUAGGCGCCAACUCUGUGCCUGUGUGGGUGCUCUGGGGCUGAAGCAUCCAUGGGGGGAAAAAAACAGGGGACGCUCAGCACCCGCCACCCACAGUGGCUGCAUGGCUCCCUGGCUGGCUGCGGAUCAGCUGUUCUGGAACCCGUGGGGCUGGCUGUGGAUCAGCGAGCGGGAGGCACUCAGGGGAGGGGCGGAGAGGAGCGAGUGGCAGGUGGGACCUCAGGGCAGGGGGUGGGAAGAGCUGGAGCAAGGGUGGAGCAGGGGUGAAGCCCCCACUGGAAAAAAAACAAAAGUCAGUGCCUGUGAUCCAGCUGCUGACACCCUGCACUUUAAAUCCAUCAAUGUGACGAAAGAGAAGUCGCUGCUGUUUGCCCUUCAGAGGGUACAAUCAUUAUAUUUGACAGUGCCACACCUGCCCCCCACUAUGAGUAGGGCCCUACCAAAUUCAUGGUCCAUUUUGGUCAAUUUCACAGCAUAGGAUUUUAAAAAUUGUAAAUGUCAUGAUUUCAGCUA